UAGGGGCGGGCCGCAGAGGAGCGCAAGCGUACUGCGUUACCAGGCUCGGGACCCCUUUCCGAGAGAUUAUGGCGCUCAACAAGAAUCACUCGGAGGGCGGCGGAGUGAUCGUCAACAACACCGAGAGCAUCCUCAUGUCCUAUGACCAUGUGGAACUUACAUUCAAUGACAUGAAGAAUGUGCCAGAGGCCUUCAAAGGGACCAAGAAGGGCACCGUCUACCUUACCCCCUACCGGGUCAUCUUUCUGUCCAGGGGGAAGGAUGCCAUGCAGUCCUUCAUGAUGCCGUUCUACCUGAUGAAGGACUGUGAGAUCAAGCAGCCUGUGUUCGGCGCGAACUACAUCAAGGGAACAGUGAAGGCAGAGGCAGGAGGUGGCUGGGAAGGCUCUGCUUCCUACAAGCUGACCUUUGCGGCAGGGGGCGCCAUCGAGUUCGGACAGCGGAUGCUACAGGUGGCAUCUCAAGCCUCGAGAGGCGAAGCCCCCACUGGAGCCUAUGGGUACUCCUACCUGCCCAGCGGGGCCUAUGUCUUUCCCCCGCCCGUCGCCAAUGGAAUGUACCCCUGCCCUCCUGGCUACCCCUACCCACCGCCCCCACCUGAGUUCUAUCCAGGACCUCCCAUGAUGGACGGGGCCAUGGGGUAUGUGCACCCCCCACCACCGCCCUACCCUGGGCCCAUGGAGCCGCCGGUCAGUGGGCCUGAAGUCCCCGCCACCCCCGCAGCUGAGGCCAAGGCCGCAGAAGCAGCUGCCAGCGCUUACUACGACCCUGGCAAUCCACACAACGUCUACAUGCCCAUGAGCCAGCCUCCGCCACCUCCCUACUACCCCCCAGAAGAUAAGAAGACCCAGUAGACCCCAAAUCCCUUGCGUCCUGCCUCUCAUUGCUCUCCGUUCCCUCGCCUUGGGGCUGAAUCUGGGGGGAGGGUGAUGAAGGGGAGCAUGCUCUCUCCGGGUCUGAUUAUAAAACACUCACUAGGAACUGCGUUGACAGAAGGGAGGGGCCCCUUGACUCGGAGCCGCACCUCCAGCUUCCCACAUUAGCUCAGAGCCCAGACAGACGCUCCCCACACUUCUCAGCAUCUCUGGGGUCUCCUUGGGAGCGCAGGGUGUCCCCCGUGUUCCUGUCUUGUUCCAGUAGCUUCUACCCCCAGAGGGACUCUCUGGCCACCUCCUCCACCACAGUCCGGCCCACUUGCUUUGGUAGCCACUUUAUGCUCAGCCUCCGGUUUUCCCGCGGCCCGUCAGCCCUGCGCUCGUGCCCUGCACUCUGGCCUGUGCCCAGCCACGGAGGCCCCUCCGCACUGCCAGCCUGCAUUCCAUUCCUAGGCAGCCUCCAGCCCCAGUCACUCCUGCCCGCCCUGUCCCUGGUCAUUCUGUUACCCCGUUCCCGGGGCUGGGCGGCGUCAGGGCCAGGCCCUCUGCUUCCCUGCUGGCGUUUAUGGAAUUCGUUCCCUUUGCCCUCUCUCUGUUCCGUCUGGGAGGGGCUCUUGCAACGAGAGUGCCGUCCGCCCCAGCAUGCCACUGGGAGGCUGCUGGGUGGGCUGGAACGAGGGCCCUGACCCCGGGGCCUGGCUGCCCCCUUCGCUCCGAGCUUCACGCCUUGUCGGUGCCGUGCCCUGGACUUGCCACGAAGUGAGGAGAUGGUUAUUUAAAGAGACUUCCCUAUUUAUUUGACCAAAAAAAAAUCCAGUUAAUAUAUUAAUGUGAAAUAAACCCUGUUUGCACCUUAAUUUGUUUGCUGAAAAUGUGAAGCAGUAAAAAUGAGGUGACUGGA